UCCACGCUGCUUCAGGUCAUUCUCUGCUCUUCCUAGCACAAUCCCCAUCCCUCGCUUACAUCUUUCUGGAGCCAACUGGGCCUGGAAUCAAGUUUUAGACCAUCUCAGCAGGAACUGCCUCUGGGUGGAAGGGCUGUGACCCCCUCCCCAGGGAGCAGGUGAAGUAGCAGGAGUGGCCUGUGCCCCCAGAUCACAGACACUCUGUUCCAGCAACUGGUUACGCCAAUAUGGCGGAGUUCCCGUGGUCCCCUCUCACUCCAUUAUCUGCAUCCUUGACCUCGGUUAUGUCACAUGAGGACUGGGGUGUUUUAUCCAAGGACGAGGCUGUGAAGAUUGAGAAAGACUUAGAAGACGGGAACUUGCUGAAGGUGGUCUCUGACAUGAGGCGGCCUCUGGAGCUGGUGUCCCAGACGCCAGUCAACAUCGCGGUGACAGGAGAAUCUGGCAAUGGCAUGUCCACCUUCAUCAAUGCGCUUCGCGAGAUAGGACACGAGGAGGAGGCCUCGGCGCCCACGGGGGUGGUCACAACUACCGAAGCCCGUGCCGCCUAUUCAUCCCCCCUGUUUCCAAAGGCCGUGCUGUGGGACCUGCCUGGCACAGGGGUGGCUACUGAUACCUUGCAGGAGUAUCAUGUGGAAAUGCAGUUCAGCCAGUACGACCUCUUCAUCAUCAUCGCGUCCCAGCAGUUCAGCAUGAAUCACGUGAUGCUCGCCAAAACCAUCGCGGACAUGGGAAAGAAGUUCUACAUUGUCUGGACCAAGCUGGACCUGGACCUCAGCUCUAGCACCCUCCCAGGGUGUGAGCUACAGCAGACCAUCAGAAACCACAUCUUGAGAAGUCUCUGGAAGCAGCGAGUGUGUGAACCCCCCAUAUUCCUGGUUUCCAGCCUUAAACCUUCCUCACACGACUUCCCAGGUCUCAGAGACACAUUGCAAAGGGACCUGUCCCAAGUCAGAUGCGAUGGCCCUCUUCAAUACCUCAUGCAUGACUGCGAGAAGAUCAUCAGCCACAGAGCGGCCUCCAUGCAGCGGAAAAUUACUCUACAACCUCUGCAAGGCAUCAUGGGCUUCUGGUAUGCAGAUGACUUGGCGGAGUGUCUGGAAGCCUACCGAUCAGUGUUUGGUGUAAACGGUGAAGCUCUCAGGCGGUAUGAGCAGAGGAAGAGGAGCACGCUCACAGACUACAGGAGCGUCAUGAGGUCCCAAGAUGUGCAGCGUGUCCGCUGGAGGGACUGGAAACUCUGGGCCAUGACCUUUCUAAUCACGAAGAUGUUCUUCUUCUGUCUUAGCCUGUGCCCAUGCUUACGCACCUACGUCAUUCCAUACUUUAGACAGAUGAAACAUAGACACUGCCUCAAGAUAGUUGCCGAGGAAACAAAGACAGUCCUGGGUAAAAUGCUGAGAGACUCUGCCAUGCCCUGCGACACUCGGUGUGGGAAAAAGUUUCCAGCAGAUCCAGCAGACUCUCUCAGAUGGCCCUAAGAACUGGGGGGUGGGGUGUCCUCAUUGCUCCUAGCUGAUAGAUUGAUUAAUAUUUUCUUCUAUGUUUUAUGAUAUCAAUUCCUUAAAAUGAAUUCUGAAAAUCACUCUUUAGCAUAAAUUAUAAUGUGUCAUUCCUCUGAGGAUCUAUUCUGUAUUGUUCAUGAAGUCAUUAAGUAAGUUUCCCUGAGAUGAGAUUGACAUGGUGCCUUCCCCCACCAAGUGCCAUGCAUGUCCAGACUAGUGUGUCUGCCACACCUUCAUUCACCUGUCUCAGUAAAGGUGGCACAAUUCUCCUCUUCCCAUUUCUUUUUCCGUUUUAUUCACUGGAUAUUAUGGGACACACAAUGUGGCAAGGGUUAU